GGUCACACUGCUUAGCUAGCCUGUUGCGCAGAAAAUGGGGAAACGAACGAACACAAUUCAUUAGCAAAAUUAACGGCAGUAGUAAAUAAAUAAACUGCAACUCGCGACGAAAACAAUAGCAUUUGAAGCAACGUAAAAUACAAUAAAAAUAAAAACAAUCGAAGUAAACAAAAGUGAAACGUGAACGACAACGCAGCACCUGCAGCCGCCGCAUUAUUAUUCGAGAAACAGAAACAGACAGAAGCAAACCAGCAAAACAACAAGCAAGUCGCGCACUGCUCAAUAAAAAAUUUAUUUUUGUGUUUAGGCGCCCCUCACCCGCCCCGUGUUCGUAUUUGUCAGUGUGAGUGCGUGUGUGUAUGUGAAAAAUAUUUAAACAAAAAUCUUCUGCGCAUAAGGGGGCAGCACAUAAGCAAGGGGGUCGAAAGCGGAGCGAGACAAUCAAAAAAGCAGACAGAUAAACAACAUCAGCAGCAGCAGCAGCAACAACAAAAACAACUGCUACAUUAGUUGUGCUCGGUGACGCGGCGCGAGGUGCUCGAGGUCAGUUUCAGCAGCACAUUUCGCGCACGGCCAUUUCAUCUAUCCGUCUGUCUGUCCUACCCUCGCUUCCCCCCGUUAACGGUCGCCAGCCACCCGCAAUCGCAACGCACGCGCGCCAAGCGAUUCAUUCGAUUCUCAGUUUGCGCUCAGAUCUAAAGUGAAGCAGUAACAAAAAUUAAUAAAUAAAACAAUAUCCACAGCAAACACACACCGAAAAUCGACAAAAAAAACGAAGAGUGAGAGAGACAGGGAGAGAGAAUAAAUAAUAAAGUUAACGACAAACUCACGCGCAAAGUUUUUUUUUCGCCUCUUUUAUUGUUUAACUGAUAAAACGGUGCGCGCUGAUAAAUAUCAAGUAAAAAAAGGCCAACAAAUUAUUGCAAGUGCGAAUGCGCCCUCAAUUUGUAUGCCAUCAACACUCACAACAUUCACAUUCCCAUUUCCAUAAGCCAACUGACGUCAGUCGGCUGGAUCGUUAUCGUUAUCCCAAUAUGGUGACACCGCCGUCACCCGGCGGCGAUCCCAGCACGAUUUGCGGUGCCCUGGCCACCUCCGGCUUCAAUCGGACACCGCUCUCGGAGCUGAGCAAUGACACCAAACGGCAGCUCUCCUGCAUGCUCAAUCGCAAAAAGGUCCUGCGCACCGAGGAUGGCUAUGAGCGCGAUUGGCGUGGCAUUGCCUAUCUGGCCAAAUUGACCAAUUUGAUCAACGAGAAUGUCCCGAAGCCCAUGGAUGCGGUGUUGAGCACUUGGAUCCAACACAAUCCGAACACGGCUGAAGUGGGUUACUUGGAACAAUAUCUGGGCAUCAUUGAUCGCUGGGAUGUGCAGGAUGACAUCAAGGAGAAUAUAAUUAAAGACACCGAGCGCUUCAAUCUUAAGAAGCAGCAGCGGGAACAGUUGCAAGAGCUCUCACGCAGCAGUCCGCCACCAAGUCUCGAGCUGAGGGAGAAGAACAACAACAGUUUGGCGCAGCCCGUCAACAUUCUAACCCUAGAUGACGAGAAGUGCCUGCAAAUGGGUCUGCCGUUGCCCAGAUACAAUGCCUGUGUGCUCUACGCAGAGGCGGACAUCGAGCAUGCAAAGAACAUUAUGGAAAAUCUAGAGUAUCCCCCCUACAACAUGAAGCUCUUCCUGAAGCAUCGAGAUAUAUUGCCUGGUGUGCCCUUUGAGCAUGUUGAACUCUCCGAGUUCAUGACCCAUCGCUGCAACCAUUUGAUAGUCGUGUUAACCGAAGAGUUUCUCUCUAGUCGCGAGAAUACGUACUUGGUGAACUUUACGCAGAAACUACAAAUUGAGAGUCACAGACGAAAGAUCAUACCAAUAGUGUACAACUAUAAGAUGGCACUACCACAAACCUUGUCGAUCUACACUCGCCUUGUCUACGAACAGCAUUCGGCGCUUUUCAAUUUCUGGAACAGACUGGCCAGUUCUCUGUACGAUAUGAAUGUUACGCAAGUCUACGCACAGCCCAAUCAAAUCACAGCACCUGAGACACCAGUUAAUGCUCUACCGGAAACACCACGCAUAUUGGUGAAUGAUGCAGAUGUCACAGAUCUGCCCGAUUCGAAGUUGAUGGAGCCAAAGACGUAUUACAAAGCUUUGGCACCGUCAGCUCCAGUGCCUGAGCAAAAGAAAAGUAAGGUCAGGCUACCGGUCUUUCGUAUUAUCUCCUCCUCCUCUUCGACAUCGUCCACAUCGUUGGCCGGGAAUGGCAGCACUGAGAAACCGCUGAGGCAUGCUAUAUCGUCAAGUGCCAUCAAUGAUCACAAUCACGAUAACAAGCUAAACACCAGCGUGUCCAAUCUAUCCACUUAUUCGGGCAAAAAGAAGCGAUUCAACAAGAUAAGCUCCAAGCUGCUGAAGACGUUCACACGAAGCACAUCAAAAUUGCAGACGCCGUGUUAGGAGAAUCAACAGUAGGGGAAAAAAUUCAGAGCUAAUCCACUUACAAUUAAGUGUAAGUGUGGAGCGCGAUCGAAAUGAAUGUGAAUUUCCUUAUUUAGCGCCCAGUUUUAUCAAUGUCGUCCUUGUCGUCGUUGUGUUGAUUUUAAAUGUCAGCAUAAUGCAACAUCAGCAUCACAAAACAAAAACAAAAAUAGAAAACCAUCGCCAUCGAUCGCUCACAAGCGUCAGCUAUACCUCACCACCCUCCAUAUCGUUUGUAAUCUAGCCUAAUCGUAAUCCUAAUCCUAAUCAAGCCAACUAACUUAAUGUAUUUAGACGCACUUGUUAAACUAUGUAAGUCAACAACGAAUAAAGACAAUAUAUACACGCACACACACAGACGCACUCAGAUACACGAAUACACGAUAUUGUAAAACGCACAGACCAUAUUUAAGUCUAAAGACAAUAAUCAAUAUUAUUUAACUAAAAACCAUAUGUAUACACAAAAGAACAGAGCAACAGAGAACAGAAAACAAACAAACAAAUUGCCAAUUGUAAGGUUAAAUGUGCAAUGCAAUGCUUUGCUAAUCGAAGCACACAAUUAGCUGUUAGUCACGCGUCUGAUAAGUGACUUACUUAAUUCAAUUAACUUGACAAACGCCCAGCCGCAUUCCCCUAUCUCACUUCCCCCUUUCCCUCCUAUUUGGACCCAGAAAGUCAACCCCAUCCUAUCCCAGCCCGCUGCUCUAGUAAUCGCAGUCUCGCCAGACAAUACCAGAACAGAGAUGAUGAAUAACUUGUGCGCGUUAGAUAUUGUGUGAAUUUGAUGAAUAAUGUGCAUGCUCAAGCAUCUAGAUAUGUAUGUAUGUAUAAUUUUUGUAUAUGUGCGACAUUUAAAUGAUAAAGUAGAGAGGGGCUUUCGUCACUUUGUAAUUGCCAUUGAAUGGCUGAGCAACGAUUUAUUUUGUCACACUGUGCUCCGAGCUUAUAUCAUGCAUACGACUCGAGUACUCGCAAUUUUUUGCACUUUUCUUUAAGUCACGCGCAUAUAAUACUUAUACAAUAUUACGUAUACGUACAUAUAUUUUCAAAUAUAUACAUAUGUACAUACACACAUAAAUAUAUACAUAAGUAUGUCACGUGCUCACGCACAGCUCGUACUUGUUAAAUAGACUCUAUGAAUGAGCUGUUUCCUAUAUAUGCGACCGAUCUGGUAAUAAAGCCCCCUUCAAAACUGCAGCUCAAUAAUUAAAUGUUUUCAUAUACAUAUACAUAUGCGUUCAAUAUGUAAAUAUAUACUACACGUUUUUGUGGUUUGCUUUUGAGAAUAAACAGUUGGUGCAAUAAUUAACUUAA